AUGACAUCCACCAGCAUUACCACCACCACCGCAACCGAUGACCUCCAGAAGCCUUCCUCGCCUCCCAGCGAGGAGGUUAUCUACAAGUCAUGGGAUCUGCUAAUUUACGAGAUCUGGGUCCUGGGCAUCGUCUCGACCUGGGCCUGGGGCUGCAAAACCACUGAAUACCUGCUACCACAAUUCCAAGCCAACGUAGGCAAAAACCACCUCGAUAUCGGCAGCGGCACAGGAUAUUACCUUCGCAAGGGUAAAAUCCCAGCCUCGACGCGCCUGACGCUGCUGGACUUGGAACGCCCUGCGCUGGAUCUGGGCUUGCAGCGCUGCGGCCGCCCAGACGCGCAGGGUAUACAAGCUGAUAUCCUACAACCCCUGCCGGUGGCCGACCAGUUCGACUCGGUCUCGAUGUACUAUCUGCUGCACUGCAUUCCAGCCACUGUGGCCGAGAAAUGCGCUAUCUUCAAACACAUCAAGCGCAACAUGACUCCCGACGGCGUCAUCCACGGUGCGAACGUUCUGGCCAAGGGUGUGCGUCACGACAACCGCUUUGCUGCCCAUGUGCGCCGCAACGUGCUGAAAGCUGGCAUCUUCCACAACCUGGAUGAUAAUGCGUAUGACUUUGAGCAUGCGCUGCGCACGAACUUUGAGGAGGUCGAGACGCGGGUCGUUGGCUCGGUGUUUAUGUUUCGUGCCUCGAGGCCUAAGCAGGAUGAGGGUGCUUUGUUGGAUAACUGA